AUGCCUCUUCGGGGGGCCGCCUCGCGCAUUGGCGCCCUCCAGCCGCUGGGGACCCUCCUGCGGCCCUUGGCGUCGGAUGCGAUGCGCUGGGCGUCGGGCGGAGCGGCAGAGAUCGUGGGGGUGGCUGGAGAUGGGCCGACGGGGAGGGGGGCCGGAUCGGCGGCGGAGAAUUCGGUUCAGGUGCUGCGGGAGAAGUUGAAAAGAGGCCCUGACUUGGGAGAUUUUCUUUCUGGAGAAGGCUCGCUACCAAGUGGAUAUUCAGUGGAACCAGUACAUUGGAGGGACAGAAAGAGGAAGCCGGAUUGGAUGAAGCGCAUCGUCCCCGGCGGUGACAAGUACACCCAAAUCAAGGCGAAGCUUCGGGAGCUGAACCUGCACACUGUGUGUGAGGAGGCGCGCUGCCCCAACCUUGGGGAGUGCUGGGGUGGCGGAGAUGGCCACACUGCAACGGCGACAAUCAUGCUGAUGGGUGACACCUGCACCCGGGGCUGCCGCUUCUGCGCUGUGAAGACCUCCCGCGCCCCGCCUCCCCUGGAUCCUAAGGAACCGGCCAACACAGCCAAGGCAGUGGGCGCCUGGGGCGUGGACUACAUCGUCCUCACCAGCGUGGAUCGGGACGACCUGCCCGACGGGGGCUCUGCGCACAUCGCAGAGACCAUCAAAUUGUUGAAGGCGGAGACGGGGGGGCGGCUGCUGGUGGAGGCACUGGUGCCGGACUUCCAAGGGAGGAGAGAGUCCGUGGAGGAGGUGGCGCGCUCGGGGCUGGACGUCUUUGCGCACAACGUGGAAACUGUGAAGCGGCUGCAGGGCGCCGUGCGCGACCGGCGUGCCAGCUGGGACCAGAGCCUCUCCGUCCUCAAGAUGGCCAAACAGAGCGGGGCAAAAAUCUCUAAAACGUCCAUCAUGCUGGGGUGCGGCGAGAGCCCCCAGGAGGUGAUGGCCGCCCUGAGGGAGCUCCGGGACAAUGGCGUGGACGUCGUCACCCUUGGCCAGUACAUGAGGCCGACCAAGAGGCACAUGGCAGUGGCCGAGUAUGUGACGCCGGGGGCGUUCAGGGCCUACGAGCUGGCAGCCAAGGACAUGGGAUUCCUGUACGUAGCGUCGGGGCCGAUGGUGCGGUCGUCGUACAGAGCAGGGGAGUACUUCCUGGCGAAUGUGUUGAGGGCGGGGGAGGGGGAGGGAGCCACUGCUGCUGUCGGGGGCUGA